GUCUAUAAAUACAAAAAGAAAACAGAAUGUGCUAAAGCAAAACGUAUAGCCAGCGUGUGGAAUAAUUUUAAUAAAAUUUUAGAAAAAUUUAACAAAAACGAAAUGUCUGCAAGCAACAGCACGGAAGGUGAUCUGAAUAGUAAUGAAACAGUGGCUGCAUCUGCAGCUGCUGGACAGGAUGAACCAGUGGAGCAAGCGGAGCAGGUAGCGGGGCAGCCAAAAAAUGAGCUACUAGACAUGGUAUUCGUAUUGGAGAGCGAGAAGCAGGCGCUGAUCGAGGAGUCUCGCAAAAGAAUCGGAGCACUGCGCAAAGAUUUUGAGGAUGCGCGCUGUGAGAAUGAGCGUCUGCAGAAGCGGGUGGCCAAUUUGGAACAGUCACUAAAGCAAUCAGUGAUGCUUGGUGGAACAGAUGCACCGAAAUCUCGACAGGAACAGGAGGAACUGCUGCUCAAAGCCAAGACAUUGCUGUUCGAAAAGACCAAAGUGAACAAGCAGCAGGAGCAACAGAUAGCCGUACUCAAGAAUCAAGUGGAGUCCAUUAAGGAUGUGCUGCAAGUGACCAAAGAUAUGCUUCAGCUGAAGACCACAGAGUGCGAGCACACCCAGGCGCGCCUGGAGAAGAGUCAGCUGUGGAUCAAGGCCGAGCAGGAUAAGUGCGCACUCACCGAAAAGAAACUUGCGAUAUCGAAAUCCGUUUACGAUAAGCUACGCGCCGAAUACGAUACGCAAUCUAAGAUCUUUAAGGACUUGAAGUCAGCCUAUGAACAAAAGUUGAAGGUGCUGACUGUCGCGUUAGCCGAAGCCAAAAAGUAGUUGAACAAUUUAAUAAACUACACAUGAUAAUUAAAUGCACAAAUAUUCUUUA